GGACCAAGUUGUUUACCUACCUCUAUCUUACCUCCGAAAGAAACACAAAAUGUCAAAGUGGACGAAACCCAAAAACCCACUUCCUCUGUAUUCGCUAGAGAUCAAGGUGCGAUACAUAACGUUCCUAUGUCGGUCAUAAACCGACCUUUGCCCUCGGAACUAGAUGAGAAUAAGGUGUUGACUUUUAUGGAUGAGAUGAAGCGAGGCGACUCUUUCACACCCAUCGAAAUUGUCAAAGUUCGAGCUCCACUCAAAAUCGAUCCAACAGGUCCAGCCAGACCGUUCUACUUUGCUAUGGGCGGUUGUCAUCGGUACGAAGCUACUAAACGACUUGGCUGGGAGACUAUACGAGCGAGGAUUAUCGAGGUGCCGGCUAGUCAGAUGAGGGUGUACUUGGGUGCUGGGAGUCCAUUCUGA